AUGAGCAAACGAAAGAGACAAGAUUUUCAAAAUCAUGAUCAAUUAAUUAAUUCGGAGGAGGAAAUCUCCACUAACAAUAAUAUAGAUACGGAAGAGGAAGCAAAACAGAAAAAAUUUGUAAAACUCCAACAAGAAGUAUUUUCAGAUGAUGUUUGUUUUGAAAUAAUUUCCAUGAUUGAUGAUUCGUGGUUUAUUUUGAAUAAUUGUUCCUUAAUUUCAAAACAAUUCUUUAAUGUGAUCAAGGAACGUUCCAAACUUGUUAUUAAAUUUGACAAAAAAUUUACAGAAAAAAGAAUUGAAUUAUUGAUGAAAAGUCAAUUUAUGAAUAGUAUUGUUAAUGUUGAAUUUUCUAGAAAUUUGCUUGGCUCUAUAGAAACAACCAAAUUCAUCAGUGAAAUGAAGCAAUUAGCAUCACUUAAUAUUUCUAACAAUGAAAUUGGUGAUGAAGAAGCCAAACACCUAGGUGAAAUGAAGCAAUUAACAUCACUUGAUAUUUCUAACAAUCUAAUUGGUGAUGAAGGACUCAAAUUCAUAAAUGAAAUGAAACAACUAACAUCACUUGAUAUUUCUAACAAUCUAAUUGAUGAUGAAGGACUCAAAUAUUUAAGUGAAAUGAAACAAUUAACAUCGCUUAAUAUUUCUAACAACGUAAUUAGUGAAGGAGUUAAAUACCUAAGUGAAAUGAAAUAA